AAGGAUAAGAAGUGGAAGUCGUUGUUGAAGUUCGGCACCCUUGGCAAGAAGGCAGGCAACUCGGAAGAACCAACGAAGCAAGGACUGGGUCCACGCGGUGAAGCUGGUUUCCACCCGAUGUCUGGAAGCUCAGUGGUAGCAGACCCGAACUCAUUCUCAAAUGACAGCUACUCUUCUGGAUCGCAGGAGGGCGAGGACGGCAAUGGGAGUGUUCGCCGAGUGGCAUCUGUGCCUGACACAAAGAGGGCUUAUGCCGCCAAUGGGUCACAUCUCACUGGCGGUGCUACAAAUGGCGACAAGCAUGCCAAUGGUGGUACGACUUCGAUGACUUCUUCCCUGAUCCGAGAAGAUGGCUUCUUUCCUGGAUCCCCGGUGCGGAUGGACAGCACAGCUACCUCGUUCAGCAGCAAAGACUUUGAAAAGACAGGCAAGGGCGCUAAAGGCAGCAAGGCCAAAGGAGGACUUUCUUUCCCGGGGAGCAGGAGGGGUAGCGCGAGCAAAAAUGGCAAGGCACCAUCGUCGGCCGACUUCAGGGCUGGCAACCAGCUUGCUCCACCUUCGAGCAGUGGCCUCCUGAGCCCAGGCUCGGGUGGACCUUCAACGCCCAACGGUAGCAAUCCUACCCUGCACCACAUGGACAGUAAAGGUAGCUUCAGGAGGACAUACAGUAGCAACUCGAUCAAAGUCAAAGACGUCGAAGUCGGCCCAAGCAGCUUCAGCAAAGUGAAGAUGCUGGGCAAGGGAGAUGUCGGAAAGGUGUACCUGGUCAGGGAAAAGAAGACGGAGAAGCUCUAUGCGAUGAAAGUCCUUUCGAAGAAGGAGAUGAUCAAGCGGAACAAGAUCAAGCGAGUCAUGGCUGAGCAAGAGAUUCUCUCCACUUCGAACCAUCCUUUCAUCGUCACACUCUACCAUUCCUUCCAGUCAGAGGACUACUUGUACCUCUGCAUGGAAUACUGCAUGGGAGGUGAAUUCUUCAGGGCUCUUCAGACUCGGCCCGGCAAGUGUCUACCAGAAGAAGACGCUCGCUUCUACGCAGCCGAGGUCAUCGCUGCAUUGGAGUAUCUGCAUCUGAUGGGCUUCAUCUAUCGAGAUCUCAAGCCGGAGAACAUUCUCCUCCAUCAGUCUGGGCACGUGAUGCUGAGCGAUUUCGAUCUAUCCGCUCGAGCCACCCGGAGAGGUGGCGCUCCAGCCAUGAUCCGACAGGCCACGCCUCACUCGGCACCUCUGGUCGAUACUCGCUCCUGCAUUGCGGAUCUGAGGACCAACUCCUUUGUUGGUACGGAAGAGUACAUUGCUCCAGAGGUGAUCAAGGGUUGUGGUCACACAUCGGCCGUCGAUUGGUGGACAUUGGGUAUCCUCAUCUAUGAGAUGAUAUUUGCGACCACGCCCUUCAAGGGUAAUUCCCGCAACGCGACCUUCUCCAAUGUGUUGCGCAACGACGUGACUUUCCCCGAUACUGUUCCUAUUUCCUCCAUGGGCAAAUCUCUGAUCCGAAAGCUCCUGAUCAAGGACGAGCUCAAGAGGAUGGGCAGUCAAUCCGGCGCUAGCGAAGUCAAGCAGCACAAGUGGUUUGCCACCCUCUCCUGGGGACUGCUACGGAAUCUCACACCGCCCAUUGUGCCUGCCUACAGCAACGGUCUGGAUGCCAUCAACUUUCGCAACGUCCGGGAGAGCAGGAGCUUGAAUCUCGAUAGGCAGCAAGGAUCGACUGUGAAGGCACCAGCUGUGGCGGCUACCGCUGGUGCGCUUCCGACGUCGGCCAAGACGGUCAUGACUGCUGUGGCCGGCAAGAAGGGCCAGGUGGAAGAGGCGGGAGAUGCAGUCGAGGCGAACCCCUUCAGUGGAUUCAACUCGAUCACUCUGCAGCAUGGAGAA